AUGCGCUCUUUUACCUCGGGCUUUCGCCCAUUGAAGACUUUCGUAUCCCAAGCUCAAUCCUACACCUCCAUCGCGCGCGCACCCUCAUCGCGUUUCCUCUCGACUCAAAUUUCUCACCCACGCUCUGCCCUCCCUUCCCUUACUCGCUCUCAGCAACGCAUUCUUACCCACACUCAGCUCCGCGCCAACUCAAGCGCCGCUCGUCCCCUCACUGCUGCAGCGCCCAGCCAGACAGAAACAGACGCCGAACGCGAGGCACAGAAUGCAGAGCGACGGAAGAACGAAGAAGCCUAUCGCAUUACCUUCACUUGCAAACCUUGCGGUCAUCGCUCUGAGCACCGCAUGUCAAAGCAGGGCUACCACCGGGGAACGGUCUUGAUUCAAUGUCCCGGUUGUCAUUCGCGUCAUGUCAUGAGUGAUCAUCUCGGCGUCUUCUUUGAUAAGAAGACCACUCUGGAGGACUUGCUAAAAGAGAAAGGUCAAGCUCUGACGCAUGGCCAUACCGAUGGUAACCUGGAGUUCUGGGAUGAUGGAUCCGUGAAGAGCUUUAACUCGGAAGGCAACAAUCAAAUUGGGUCUCCUGAGGAAAAGUCUUGA